CGGAGAACACGAGUUGAUUGGAGAGAGACGAGGAGACGGCGAGAACAAGCCAAUCAGAGAGGGGAGACGGAGAGAACGAGCCAAUCAGAGAGAGGAGACAGCACAGAGAUCGCCCUCCUCUCGCACCGCUUGGCGUGGGCUGCCCUUGCCUGCAGCUCCUGGACUGGAGGCCUGAGGACACGCAGAGACUAUGGCUGCGGACAAUGGGACGUGCUGGGCCGCAGGCGCAGUGGACAUCCACGCUCCCACACAAGCCGCACCUGUGCACACAAGUGUGCUGCAGACAGAUGAGCCGUACUCAGGUGAGGAGCAUGCAGGUGUGGAGGGCCUGGGCUGGGUUCUGAGCGUUGGCUCCAUGCUAAUCAUCAGCACUAACUUGCUCGUGGGCAUGGCUCUGCUACUGCUCGUCAGGAAGAAGGGCGGGCAGAGCUGGUGCUUCGUGCUCAACCUGGCGCUGGCCGACAUGCUGGUGGGCGUGGCUAUCACUGGCAUCGCCUCAGGGGUGAUCCACGCCAGCACCUCCCGGACCAGCAGGACCAGGUGCUUGAUCCGCAUGGCCUUCAUCACCUCCACCUCCACAGCCUCCAUCCUCACCAUGUUCUUUAUCUCGCUGGACCGCUACGUCGCCAUCAGGCUGCCGCUGCGCUAUGCGCAGCUGGCGGGCGCGCGGGUGACGGCGGCGGCACUGGCGGUGCUGUGGCUGCUGGCCCUGGCCGUGGGUUUCCUGCCGGGGAUGGUGCAGCAGAUGCAGCAGAGCCACUACGGCGGCUUCUGCACCUUCUUCUCCGUCAUCCGGCCCAAGAGCAUCAUCCUGGUCUUCUGCACCUGCUUCUUCCCCGUCCUCUCUGUCUUCAUCUACUUCUACCUGGACAUCCUCAAGAUCGCCUGUGGCCACCAGCGGCAGAUCCGCCAAACCGGCCGGUCCAGCCUGGCCGGCUCCCCCGUUCCUCAUCCGAACCGGCACGGCGGUCACGUGAAGGCCCUGCGGACAGUGGCCCUGCUGGUGGGCUGCUUCACCCUCUCCUGGAGCCCCUUCUUCAUCGCCAGCACGGUGCAGGUGUUGUGCCAGUCCUGCAAGCUCUACCGCAUCAUCGAGAACGACCUGUGGCUGCUGGGACUGUCCAACUCGCUGCUCAACCCGCUGGUGUACGCUUGUUGGCAGAAGGAAGUCCGCCAUGAGCUCUGCGCCCUCUUCACCUGCAUAAAAAGCAAGCUUUCAAAUGCAGCCCUGCAUGCCACCUACAGGGGGCGCCACUCUGGUCGCACCAUUACCGCUGAGACUCCGGUGCACACCGAAACUUGUCCUGCUUCAGGGCCCCAGCUGAGACCUGGACUGCCUCACACAGACACUCCAGUGGUGUCCUCUGCGUCCUUAUAAACCACAUGCGUGUACCACACCUUUAAAAACCACACGCGUGUAUCACACCUUUUAAACCCACACACGUGACAUCAUACGGUUUAAAACUGUGUGACAUACUUGUACUUUUCCUAAAAAAGAGAGAAAAAACAGAAUCCAGUUAACAUUCUGUGGGGGGAACAGGGGGAACUUUGAUAUGUGAACUAAACGAGAUAAAUGUGAGAAGGAUAAAUGUGAGAAGAAUAAAUGUGAGAAGGAUAAAUGUGAGAAGGAUAAAUGUGAAAAGGAUAAAUGUGAGAAGGAUAAAUGUGAGAAGGAUAAAUGUGAGAAGGAUAAAUGUGAAAAGGAUAAAUGUGAGAAACUCCGAUGAUGGCUGUUCUCAGGCCAUUUUCGACUCACUGCACAUUUAAUGGACCAGAUGGUUUUGUUUGCUUUUGUUUUGCUGUUUCUUCCAGCUGGUUAAUCGACCUUAUCUCUACAACAUUACACUGUAUCUGUUUCUCUGUUCAGAUUGAUCUAUUUGUGAAUAAUAAAAACAAAACUUUAAAAUGACAAAUAAAGAAAAACACCAAGAGGUCUCUUUGAAUCUGAAAGUGACAGUGUAAUCCUUUUAGACAAAGAAAACAAAAAAUCUUGGCCAAGAUUUACAAAGAC